AUGUCAUAUGAAAAGAAGCGAAAGUCAUUUUUCUUUUUCGGUUCCAGUAACAGCAGCAGCAGCAGGUCCAGUAAGGCCCAGACAGUCCAGAGGAGUCCAGUACCAGCAGCGCGAGCACCUACAGAAAAGAAAGUGCGCCCGUUUACAACUGUAGACGAUCCUCGAUUGGCAAAGUGGCAGUCGCCCGAUCAAGUCAUCUCCAAGAGCGCUGACCCAUCCACUGGCAAAGUCAUCAGCGCAGCCGAGGUACACGGGAGAGCGUCAGGAGGCCACGAACGACCGGUUUCUUGCGUGGUCCAAACUAACGACUAUAUAUUAGACAAAAAGUUCUUGCGCUCGCUGGCAGAGCUGGAAAAGGUGUCCAUUGAUUUGGACCCUGAGCUAGGAAGCCCGUCCCGAAAGUCUGAUGUCACGUUCGACACCGCACGUGACUCUGCGCCUACUCACAGGCGACAUAUAUCCGAGGUGGAUGAGCUUGUGGACCAUCUCGAUAACUUUAUUAACCGAGCGACAGACAGUCCACUUGCGUCACCGCUUGGGGGAGAGGACUUAGAUCCUAUGCGACGCGGAUUUUUUGCCAUUGAUACAAAGACAUCUUCACAGGGGAACUUCAGCAACCUGGAUUCUCCUAUCGCGGCUGUCAGUCCUCUGGACCUGCAGUUGAGGACCAACGCGCUAGAGGGUGCUAAGAGCCACACUACCGGAACGAAUACUACUAGUUCCGCUUCAAACACACACUGUCACAUUGACACGGAAGGUGACAUCGAAAGCGCGUGUGACCAAUUUUCAUACGCUACAUCUACUGUCUCUGCGGGCGAAAUACAGCAGGUCGCGUACGGGAGUAUGAGCGGCACUAUACCUCUGAUGACACAUUUGGGUAGUACCGAUAAUGGCAAAUCUCCGUACAGAAAUGUGAGUGAAAAACUUGUGGCGUCACCAAAACAGUUCAGGGUGGUUAACGAAGAUAAAGCUCACUUUUAUCUUAAUGAUACGAUGGAAGACGAAAGCUCCGUACACACAACAGAACCCGUCUAUCACGACUCGAUCUCUGAAUUUAAUGAAAAGUUCCGCUAUCCCUCUCCGCAGCAUGGUGAGAACGCUCAGUCAUCCGUGACAUCUCAUUCUGGGUUUUACACUCCACCACAGCGACCACAAUCCACACACGAGGAACCACAGCUGAAAAGUGCGUUUGCAGGAUUUGGACAACGCAAGGAACCUGUUGUCCGGUCGCGCAAACCUUUGGAUAAAAAUGUGAGACUGGUCUCCAGUUAUGUGGAAGAACUGCGUUUGAAGUACUUCCCAACGUCUAACUCGCUACAACCUCCGCCAAGCUUGCCUAUUGCGUUGAAAACGAGAAACAAUUUGGAGCUGCCCCAGAAUAUAAAGGUACGCAUCCGAACGAGCUCUAAGCAAAUAGGCAUCAAACAUGGUAAGGCUAAACAGAAGCUACUUAGUUUGGAAACGGCGAAUGAGGACGAAGAGGAGCAGGACAUAAAAGUCGACCACACAAAGGAAUUCCGUGCCUUGUUGGGUCGCGAGCGCAGUGCGGAUGCACCAGGCGCUGUGUUAGAACCGCCUGACGAUGAAGUCUAUGGCGUUAAUGACCUUAUGGCACCUCUUCAUGACCCAAUGGAUGAUUCCUUCCUUAGAUCUGGCUACAAACUCAAACGUUCCGAUACUGUUACAAGUUAUUUCACCAAAAACAUUGCUCGAUUACGCAGCGGCACGCUAGAACAAGAGUAUAGCUAUUCUGCGCAACUUCCUGUUACGAUGACUCCAAUUAGCAGAUCAUCUUACCCUAUGGGUGACCAGGACACGGUUAAGCACACAAGUUUACGGAGAUCUGAGUCUCCUGACUUCACUACAUACUCUUCCAAUUAUACAAGUGGAUUGAAAGUGGCAAAUCCAGACUCAGAUACAGACGAAUGUAAUAUGUAA